UUUUAAACGGACCAAGCACCAACAUAUAGAAAAAGCCCAAGGUCAUAAUGGAACUUAAAACAACCAAAACCAGUUAAAUACUCACUCCAUCAUAGAACAGCCAUUGUUACACUUCUGAGGGGGGAAAAAAAAUGGGAUCACGAUUCGAGGUGGAGGUGAAGAUCUCAUCAGCUAGGGAUUUGAAGAACGUUAAUUGGCGUUAUGGUCGUCUUACGCCAUAUGCUGUUGUUUGGGUUGAUCCGAAAGGGAAAUGCUCCACCAAAGUAGAUGAUAAUGGCGAUACUUCACCAUCUUGGAAUGAGAAGCUUGUGAUCCCGUUGUAUGCUCCGAUCGAAGAGUCUACUUUGUACAUCGAUGUGGUUCACGCUAAUGCAACUGAGGGAACAAAGCCUUUGAUUGGUUCAGCUAAGCUUCCGCUCCGUGAGGUUGUUGAUAGCGUCGGAAUCGGUAAUUUGACGGAGAGGUCGCUUGAUUUGAAGCGUCCUUCUGGUCGCCCACAUGGAAAGGUGAAAAUUGAGGUUACUGUUCGUGAUCCGCGCUAUCGUGCGCCGGAUCCGUAUUAUGCACCUCCUUACGGUGUACCUCCACCAGCUGGAUCGAGGGAUUACCCUGCUCCACCGCAACCUUACGGCGGAUCAUACGGUGCUCCUGCCCCUGCUCCUGGUUCUGCUCCUUCUCCUUACGGUGCUCCUGGUUCUGCUCCUUCCCCUUACGGUGCUCCUGCCCCAGGUUCUGCUCCUUCCCCUUACGGCGCUCCUGCCCCUGGUGCUUCUCCUUAUGCUGCUCCACCAGCGGGUUACCCGUACAACGCGGCUCCUGCACCGGGUCCAGCUUCGGGUUAUGGUCAACAACCAGGUUAUGGUGGAGCUCCUGCUCCGGGUUAUGGUCAACAACCAGGUUACGGUGCUCCUCCUGCACCGUACGGGCAGCAGGGUAGUUACGGGCAACAACCUGGUUACCCUCAGCAGGGAAGUUAUGGAUCACAGGGUAGUUACGGGCAGCAGGGAAGCUACGGGGCGCAGCCUCAGGGUAGUUACGGAUCACAGAAAGCAGGGUAUGGUUACGAGGAGAAGAAGAAGAGCAAGUUCGGUGGGAUGGGCCUGGGAGCGGGACUAGCUAUGGGUGCGGUUGCAGGUGCACUGGGUGGAUUAGCCAUAUCUGAAGGUAUUGAUCACAUAGAAGAUAACAUAGCCGAGAAGGCAGCAGAGAAGGUUGAAGAUGAUCUCGACGAUGGUGGUUAUGACGAUGAUGAUUACUAGAUAACUUACCUAACUUGAAUUCGCAUUUAUCUAUAAAAAAAUCCUCGCGUCAAAGCAAGUUUAAAUUGUUCGUUGUUCGGUGUAAUAUGAAUUUUGGCGUACUGAUCAGAUAAAAUGUAAUGGAUGCAUAUCUUGUAUUCAAAAUUUCAUGCUCGUAGUUCAACAAGGUCUACUGCUUCAAUAAUGCUAUUUGUAGUAUUCAGAAAUUGCACUCAAUCUAGUUUUGUUUGAAAUCGUUAACGAA